GAGAAACGGUGAGGCGGUGGCUUCAGCGACCGAUCGUCCUUACGGACUGUACGAGGCGGGCGAUGUGUGGAUAGAGGAGGCCAGCUCGGCGAAUUACAAGCACAAGAAUGAUGGCUACUGCUCACCCGGUAGUUUCUGGCUUACUGCCGCUGUUGGAAACCUUAGAAGAUAUAUCUGCUUCAUCCACGGAGCAAGUGGAUGCUUACCUUACAAUUGCCAGCCGUCUGAGUGGAGAGGAUGGGAAAGAAUUUGCAACUGCAGUUGGCAAACAGUUUCCUCGCAUCUGUGGAGUGUUCAAAACUCAUGUUUCAAAUUCGGAUUCAGAACUUUGUAACGCAGCACUACAGGCCUUGGGAUUCUGUGUUUUUCACAGUAAUAUUAGUGCUGGAUUGUCAGAACAUGAAGCCAAGCAAUUGAUUGUUACACUCUGUGAUAUUGCAAUCAAAUCAACUGAUAAGAACACAUGUACAAGAGCACUGUGGGUUAUAUCAAAACAAAAUUUUUGUACCAAAGUGGUCGAGAAGGAGGUUCAAAAUAUAGUUGCAGCAAUGGAAACGAUAUUAACUAGAGAUCAACAGUCAAUGGUUGUUGAACAUGAAGCCUUAAAUCUUAUAAUAAGGCUGAUAGAACAGACACCUGUUCAGAUGGGAGAAAAUGCUGUUCGUUGGGCCAAGCUAAUACUUCCCCUCGUAGUUCAUUCAGCCCCCAAAGUGCGGUUACGGGCAGCAACAGCUCUUGAAAUGGGCCUACCACUUCUCCUUCAAAAACAGCAGGAGGUUGCAGGCAUAAUUGAGCCCUUAAUGAUCUCAAAAAUGAUUCCAGAGCUCCAGAAACUUUUCACAACAAAAAAUGAAACUUAUGUGUUGAAAUUAUGGCCUCUCUUUGUGAAACUUUUGGGAAAGUCAUUGCACCGUGGAGGAAGUUUCAUUAAUUCUCUACUGCAUUUGGAAGAAUUGGGUUUUCGUAGUGGCUCUCCAGUUGUCAAGAAAAUAGCUUUUAUUGCUUGGAAAAGCUUGAUCGAUAAUUUUGCAUUGAAUCCUGAUAUACUUUGCAGUGCAAAACGGCUCCGGCUGCUCAUGCAGCCACUGAGUUCCAUUCAUGUAAGAACAGAGAUUUUGGGCCUGGCCAAACUAGAGGUUUGGUGGUACUUGGCUCUUCGGCUAGGACCACAGCUUUCUGCUAACUUUGAUCAGGUUUGUGUCCCGCUGCUACAGAAUGCAUUUGGCAUUGAUGGAACUGUGCAACCAUCAGGAACACCUUGCAGAACUGCAAUGGUCUCUCCUAAUACAACCCCGGCUUCUGCUCAGAAACCAGCAGGUUUUCCUUCACCAAGUCCAACAGUGCCAAGGUUUCAGCUGAAUUCUAGCCUUUCCGCGUUGCCUGUAAUGCAAGCGGUGCAGCUUGUAGGAGUCGAAGUAUUACUUCAUUUCCUGGUGGGUCCUGUGGUCACUGACCUGGUUAAACAGAACAAGCUGCAGCUUAGUUUAGAUCCUCUGCAGCACCCAUUAAUUAAUAGCUCGUCAUUCUUUUGCAAAAAUGCUGGAACCCUUAUAACAGCAGUUAGAGAUGCAUUUCUUUCUGUUGGCAAGCUGGGUGAAGUAGAUGCCAUGCUUAAUCUUAUUUGGAAGCAUCUGAUCAGCUAUGUGAAAAAUGCCAUUGAGUCAGGCUCAAAGAAGGAGCGACAGCCAUCAGAAGUAUUGACACUCCUGUUGCAAGCAUUGCAACAAAUAGUGAAUUCAAAUGCAAUCUCCGCACAGAAAGCUUUGGCUCUUAUAGAGGCAACUGUCAGAGGACUCCCUCAAAAGAUUUUGGGAUCACCAGCAUACCAGGUCGCCAACAUGGACCUUCUGAACGGUACUCCUGCCCUCUUCUUGAUCAUCCUGCUGUUUCACAACGGUUUGCUGGAAGAUUGUGUGGUUGAAGAAAGGUUUUUUAUGAUACUCGAGACACUUGUUGAAUAUGGACUAUCUGGUCCCACAUGUUCAUUAGCAUUCAGUGAGUCCGUUUUAAAUGUUAUUAACCAAUCUGCAACACUGGUCAUAAACAAGGAGCACCUUUGGCGAAUGUGGAGCAUCGUUGUUAAUCCAUUGAUUGAUCGGGUAACCCAGACCAAUGAAGUAAAUCAAGGGGAUGCACUUGAGCAUAAUUUCAGUGCUUUAUACAUUGCAUUGAUGCUACCCAUAACUCAUUUGUUCUCAAUCCAGAAUUUUCCACAGUCUACAAUGAAGUCACUACUGAGAACGUGGGCUGAGUUGUAUAAAACAUUUGCACGCUGUGCAGCUCUUGUGGCAACAGCAGAAGCCAACAUUUGCUGUGAGGAAUUAAGUGCCAAAAUCUUAUCAGCAUUGGAUGAUGCUACCUUAUCUAGCUUAUCCACAUUGGAUGCCAUCGUUCAUGUUCUGAAUGUGAUGAUUGACUCUGUUGAUUUCUCUCAGUUCUCAAAGUUUCAGCAAAAAUCAAACUCACCUCACACCCCUACCCACUGGCUAACGAAGAAACAGGAACCUCUAGGAAAUCUAACUUCACUGCUCAAACUUUUAGUGAAAAUCACAGAUGCUUUUCAUGAACUAAGUUCCAACGAAUUUCAAUUUGAAACACCAACAGCAUGCUUGGUAUCCAUUGGAGUUGGUAUUGUCAACAUUCUGUCCAGUAUCUUCAAUCACUUAUCCCUGGCUUCAGCAAUUAAAGCAGUUUUAGCCCACUUGACGGGCUCUAUAUCAACCUUCUACGAAAGGACUUCAAGUCCAGUUAAUGGGACUUCAAAAGUGUACAACGCUCAACUGUGUAACAAGUUGGAAAAACUGUAUGCAGAUAUUCUCCUUUGCUUGCAAUCCCGUUACACAUCGUCCUUUGAUAGUGACGUCUUGGAACAACUGUCAUCUCUGCUCAGUAUCACUUUCCUACAUAAGAACCGGCAGAUCAGGAACCAGACCGCACAGUUUUGGAAUGCUACGUUUGCCAAAAGUACAUUGUUACACUAUCCACAGCAAAUUAAGUCAGUCUUAAGUCGGGUCAAGCAGAAGACACCCAUAAUAUUGCCUGGUUUUGAGACCUUGGAAUUGACAGAAGAGUCAAGUGGGCCUUAUUCUGAUUUGUCUGAACAUUCCCAGUUAGACACUAAAGUCAGUGGUGUGCAAGUUAAUUCAUUUGGAAAAAGAGAGUCAUUGCUUGCUAGAGCUGAAGAUCUGAAAGAAAAGUGUGUGCCUCAAACUCCAGCAAAAUUGAAGCUAGAUUUUUCUUCUCCCAAAAUGCCACGACAAGAGCGACUGCUGGAGGAGGAGAAAUCAAUAGAUUUUGUGUUUAUACCACCUGAACCUAAGGAGCGGAUUUUGACAGAGCAUCAGAAAGAGGUGUUAUGGACAAAGAGGACUGACCUUCCUGCCAUGUACAAUAAUUUGGAUGCAUCUCAGGAUUCUCAUUUGUUUUCCCAGUAUACACAAUCUCAGGAGGACAAUUUAGAUAAUCCUGCAAAAAAACUUGGAGAAGCAGCGGAAGCCUCUGAAAACCUACCACAGGAUGAAAAUAUGGAAACCGAAAAUGAGCUUGAUACCCAGAUUGCCAUUGAGGCAAAUAAGGAAAAUGAAUUGCCUCAUCAAGGAACUGACCAAGAAGGUGCUGACCACGAGGGAAGUAGAAUGAACGUUGAAGAUUCCGUAGAUUGUGUUUGCAGUGGCAAACAGGAGGAAAUGAGAAACAUGGUGGCUCAAUCUAAAUCAAACUGCACUGGUUGUGCUUCUGAAUCAGGGGUUAGCAGUGCUGAUGUCAGUGGUAGCUCUACCUCUUCUGACAUCAUCUCUGGAACGCCACAGAAAACUAGCAGCAGAAGGCAGUCAUUUAUUACUCUGGAGAAGUUUGAUCCCUCCACUACAUGUUGCUUCAGUAACUCGCCUUUGGUUAAAAUGGCACAAGCAGCUGCUGAAGUUUUCAUUCCUCAGCGGGCUGAAGCAAUGGAGGUGGAAGUUGCAUCACAGCAUGAGAAGAGCAAAGUUUGCCAGGAAGUCAAUUUGAGUACAACAAAAACUAGCAAACAUGGUAGACGUAGGCAAAGGUCAACUGUAGAAAAUUCAACCAAGUACACUAAGGCACCAAAAAGUAUUAAGACUUCUACAAUUGAAUCAUUGGAUGCAAAAGAAAAUUCUUCAACUAAUAAUCGGGACCAUCUUAAUAAAAGCGAAGCUGUAUGUCGCCAGGAUUCUGAGAGCCAGACAAGUAACAAAGGGACAAAAAAUAGUGUUUCUAAUGAAGAAAAUUCUGAAAUUACUCCUGUAGAGACAGCCUCGUCUGAAAAUGUUUCGAGCGUACAAGAAAAGAAUGAUUCUUCUAAAGUACUAACAAAAAAAAUGCUAAGGCGUUCUUCUAGGAAGCACUUGGAUGUGGCAAUAACAAAUCAGAAUGACAGCAAGGAAAAAAGAGACGAUAAACUAGGAAAAAAAUCACAAAAUGAGGGAGAGGAACAUCUUCAAAAUUCUCUCCAGCAUAAUGAGCUUUUCAAAGCAAAUGAUUCUAAAUCUUUAUCUGAUAAGUCAGCAACUGAGAAAAGCAGGACUUCAAAAAAUGUUUCUCAGGAGUCUGAUUCCACCAAAAAUACGCCAGAUGCUGGUGACAAAGUCCGCCCUCGCUACCAGACUCGUAGAGCAUCCCAAGGCUUGACUGAAGCAGAGAACAGUUGCUGUAGCAUUACUGAAUCGGAGGGUUCUGAAGGCAACCCAAAACUUCAGGAUGGUCAGAAGAAAAGGAGAAUGUCCAAGGGAAGAACAAAGACCAAAGAGUUAUCCCUCAAGAACAGCAAGACCAAAGGUCUGAUGGAAGAUGAAACAACUGUAGACAGUCAGGUGUGCUCAAAAAAUGAAAAUGUAGAGGUGAAAGAUUCAGAAAGAGAGUUGGAGGUUGAAAGUCAGCAUGAUGUUGAAGUGAUGACCCAAGUGGAAGGUGCAGAAAAUCUUGGUGAAAUGCAUAGUUCACAGAUGUCUCCAGUGCUUCAUGCUUCAGUCGAAGAGUCAAACACAGAAAAGGAUCUUAAAGCACACAACACAGCACAAAACCCAAGAGAACAAUCUGAAAAUAUUGAAAGUGUAAAAACUGAGCUUUAUUUAGAACCAGACAAAACUGAAGAAGCCUUCACAGUUGUCCAUGUUCACCAUUUACCUUAUGACACAGGGGUUUUAUCAGCUGAUUGUUCAAAUCUUUCAGAUAGACAGCUUUCAGUCAAGAAGAGCCAGAAGUCGGAUGAGUGCCAUGUGAGAAGUAAAAGGACUCGAAAAACUAAAAAUUGUGAUUGCUGCAAAGGCUCUUCACAGCAUGGGAAAUUGCAAUUAGAAAAUAAAAAGAGUUCCACCAAACAAGAGCCAGAAUCUGAUCAAAAAGAAGAUACUUUGCUCCUAAGCUCUUCAGUUAAUUAUUCUUCGACAGAGAGGCUAUUAGAGAGCCCCAGGUUUAACAACACUGUAAAUGAUGGACCUUGUGCAUUCAGCACACCUCUGUCUGGAGAUAGCAAAAUUCAGUUUUUUGGUGGUUCUCUUAGUACUGUUACAUCAGAGGUGGAUUUGACAGAAGAAAGAAAGGUCAUCCCAAGGACUGAAACCUCCGCGGGGCGGCAGGAGGCGGAGGAGCCCCCCGCGGGGCGGCAGGAGGCGGAGGAGCCCCCCGCGGGGCGGCAGGAGGCGGAGGAGCCCCCCGCGGGGCGGCAGGAGGCGGAGGAGCCCCCCGCGGGGCGGCAGGAGGCGGAGGAGCCCCCCGCGGGGCGGCAGGAGGCGGAGGAGCCCCCCGCGGGGCGGCAGGAGGCGGAGGAGCCCCCCGCGGGGCGGCAGGAGGCGGAGGAGCCCCCCGCGGGGCAGCAGGAGCUCUCUAGGAAAGAGAAGGCAGUGAAUGAUUCUUCCAUGGAACAGAAAGUGUUGGAGUCUUCCACUGGUGCACAGGUGACAGAUGGCUCUUCAGUGGAGCAAACUGCAGUACCAGAGUCAUCCUCUACAGAGCAGGAAAUGAUCAAUUCCUCUUUCACAGAGCAGAAAGUGGUGCAAGAGUCCUCAACAGAGCAAAAAGCAGAGGAAUAUUUCAAUAAUGGAGGAAAUGAACAAGUAAAAUCAGUGAAGGAAGAUGUUGGCACUGUUGAAUUGUCAAUGUCAGAAGGAGAACCAGUUUCCAACGAUGUUGCUUUGAUAAAGGAUGAACCAUUAAAAAGCAAAGAAUCACUAGCUGCCUAUGAGUUGGAUCAAGAUCAACCUAGCACGACAGGUGUAACUAUCCCAAGUGAUGGAGUGACCACUGUACAAGCUGAAACUGAUCAAAUGGGCAGGCCAAGUGUUCCAAUCCCACUUGACCAAAAAAAUGUACAAGAUGAGCCAGUGACUGCAGAGCAUUUUAAAGAUGCAGAGACCAUUGGCACUGAAGAGUCUCCUCCUGAGGUGGAGUUAACCACACAAGUUGAUGUCUCCAAACCCAUAUCAGCGCAUCUCAUGGAAUCACCACAAAAGACUAAAAAUGAUGCCUCAUUUCUGGUUGGAUCAAUGCACAGUCCUUCUGAAAUGCAGGCAUGUUGUGUAUGGUCACCAACAGCAUCACCUUCUACAAGUAUUCUCAAGAAGGGAAUUAAACGACCAUCUGAAAAUGAUUCUCCAUCUCCAAUGACUAAGAUUCGUCGUGUUUCGUUUGCAGAUCCAAUUCAGCGGGAAGGAUUAGCAGAUGACAUUGAUCGUCGUAGCCCGGUAGUGCGAUCUCAUGCCUCUUCUGGAAGUUUUCCUGGAUUAAAUUAUGCUGUCACAAAUGGUUGCAGCCAGCCUAAUAAUCAAUCCAAGUACAAUACCACUCCAACAAAAGGCUUCCUGUCUCCAAGUGCUCGCAGCUCUGGCUAUAAAAGUUCAAAGAAAUGUUUGAUCUCUGAGAUGAGCAAAGAGCCAACGGGCUUGUCGACAGCUGGUGUGUAUCCAGCUCUGAUCAGCUGCUCUUUACCAGUAGAAACCAUUCUACCCCAGCUUGCUUCUAACAUGUGGGCCCGAGGUCUGGGGCAGCUUGUAAGAGCUAAAAAUAUCAAGACAAUCGGUGACCUGAGCUCGCUUACAGCAGCUGAAAUUAAGUUGCUUCCAAUUCGUUCUCCAAAAGUCUUUGUUGUAAAAAAGGCUCUCAAAUCCUUCUACGAACAGCAAAAGAAAUCCCUUGGUUUAGAUGAAGAUAAUGUGUUUGAAAAUGAGAAGAUAGUAAAUGGGAUGGAGGACAGCAGUUACUCCAAUGCCGAUGAUGAGAAAUUAGCAACAGAUUUAGUUGAACCUGGGCCAUCUGCCACUACUCCUUCUACAGCUCUGGUUACUGAGGUUAAUGCCCUUUCUGCUCGGUUUUUCUCUGAGAACUUGAAUGAACACUCUGGGAGUCAACUCUUUGCAAUGCAUCAACAACUGAGCAGCAUGAUGAACUGUAUCAUGGGAAAUUUACGGUCUCGCUGGAGGUCACCUCCACAUGAAGCUGCUGACUGAUAUUUCUAAGUCACUUGGACUGGGAAAGUACAACCAAAAGAAUAGAGAUCAUUGACUCCCUCGCACUAUUUUCUCUUCACAAUGGACUUAAUCUCUCCUUACUUUUUGAUAAUUUGCCACAUUCUUUCAGAUUGGUGUAAUUUUCCCCUUCGUUAACAUCCAGCUGCUCUAACCUGAGCCUUUCCCUCUACCUUAAAGGAUUAAGAAUUUGAAUUGCAGUCUUGUCUGCUGCUCAAACCCAUCUGUCCUCCUCUUGUGGAGGUGUCCUGGUAAAAUACAGCAAUAAGUGGCCUGGUCAGAAUGGGAGUAACAAUUCAGCAAUGUGCACUACCUGUUCUAGAGAACUCAUUCCUUCUGGCUGAUCCAGAGUGAAUGUCACCAGCUAUGCCAAAAUCAUGGGAGACUGGCUUCCAUGAAGGACAUAUGGAGGGAUGUUUUAUAUUUAAAGAAUGAGGUUGAAAGGAAUUUUGUGCAGAGAUUAAGAAUUAAUUUUCUAAAACAAAAAUGUAAACCAAAACUUCUAGUCUUAUUUUGGUGGAUCUCUUUACAUAAAAGCAAAUAAAGUGCUGGUAACUGGAGAGGGUCUCACUCGGUGAAAAUGAUUGUUUCUUAAAAACAGGAUGGCAGAAUCUAUGCAGGAAGAGGACCACACAUGGAGCUUUCAUUUGAGAGACUCAUUCGUGCUAUGUAAAUUGGUAAAACUAGUUUUUAAAAAAAUAAAAUUUCCUGUAAGGAAAAUAAUUUUGUGAUAAAUUAUAACGUUUUACCAAAUGGAGUUUUUUGUCAAUGGAAUUUGCAGUGAAAUAUUGCUGCUAAUUCUGUAUCUCUGGCCAUUACUUGACCUUGUUUAUAGAUGCCAGAGUAAAUCAGUGCACAGAAAUGGAAUCAGAGCUGCACUUUUUUUAUUAUUAUUAAAGCUGUGUUUGAGCUCACCAUGAUACUCAUUCUUGUACAAAUAAAAGGAAUUGAAAUCU